AUGAGCUCUGAAAGUUCAUCCGACGAUCUGGCUCUGUUGGGAAAGCAAUUCAACAAAAUAUCAAGCAAGCACAGAUUGAAACAUGAAAGGUAUGAACAAACUAAACGGAUCGUAUACCUCAAGAAGCAUGGGAGAGGCUCAUCUGUGUCAUGGUCAGGAGAAAAGUUCAAAAGAGAAAACAAAGAGAAAUCAGUCAAACAAGAAAAUAUCAUGACUGGAGCAUGUGAAUCUGAUGAGGAGACUGAUAAUUCUGAUACAGAUUCAUAUGUUGAAGAACUCACUGAUGAGAAAUAUAAGCUCUUAUCAAUUAUUGACGAUCUUAAAGAAGAAAUUGUUCUGUUAAACUCAGACCUUCACAACAUGACUCAAUUGAUGAGGAGGUCAAGCACUAGUUCCACUGUGACAGAUGAGACUCUUCAGAGUGAAAAAAUCACUAAUAAAACCAUAAAUCUUGACUCUAGAAGCCCAGCUGUGAUGGAUAAAUAUUCAGAAAUUAAGGAAGUUCCUCGAAGGCAGAAGCAAAAGAUGUCGAGACGCGUGUCCCACCAUUUGAAGAUAUCUCAUAAAAGGUACGAUAGCCCUCUGCAUAAAUCCUUGAAAUGUUAUCACUGUAGCAAUUUUGGUCAUUCAAAGUCUUCCUGCUAUAAAUUGAUUGGAUAUCCCAUACAUAUGUUGUCUCAUCAAGGGAAACAUACUAAUACUAAUUCGAAGGCAAAGAAAGCUCCCCUUCAUGGGACAUGUGUGAAAACUAUGUCUCGUGACAUGAGCCAUGCUAUGUAUGGGAAAAGAUCCAAGUCUAUGAAGGCUGAAGGGUCUAGAGGAAAGAAAGAUGCAGACGUCAUGAGUGAUAACCUCUCUAAUGGCAAGUUGGUGAGUUCUGUCAGGAAGAAGUCUGAGGAGUCUAAAGUCAUAUACCACAAGGUCCAAAAAGAAAAGAAUUGUCACAUUAAUCGGUCCAGGGUGAUAAUGGACUUUACAAAUAUGACAGUCAGUGUCUCUAUCAGAAAAGAAAAUACUCUGAAAGAAGUUGAGACAACUACGACCAUAGCUGAUGGGAAUGCUGCUGAAGAUGCCUCAACAUCUGAUACCGACACUGGAGACUCAAGUACAAAUGUUGAAGUUGAAGAAACUCAGAUAGUUGUCGAAGAACCAGUUCCUAGAAUGCAAAAGAAUCAACCUCAAGAAUAA